UUUCUCUUAAUUAUUACAGUGAGCAGCAGGUGGAGGGAGUCCUGGGAUGCAGGGAUUCUCUGAAGGACAAAGGCUCUUGCUGGAUACACAGCUCUCUGAAGAGCUGGACUAGCAUCUUUCUGUUUCUUUCACUUAUGCUUUGAAAGAACAGAUUCCAAGCAACAUAGAAAAGCAAGUAAAUGGAGCACAAUCAUAUCUACAACAGCUCUCUCCUUUCACACAAGUAUGGCUGUGGCUUGGGAUAUGUACCUGUCAUAUACUACAGUCUCUUGCUUUGUCUAGGAUUACCAGCAAACAUCCUGACUGUGAUCAUCUUGUCUCAGUUGGUGGCUAGAAGACAGAAGUCCUCCUACAACUAUCUCCUGGCUUUGGCUGCUGCAGACAUCAUGGUACUCUUCUUCAUUGUAUUUGUGGACUUCAUUUUAGAGGACUUUAUCCUUAACAAGCAGAUGCCUCAGAUACUGAACAAAGUUAUUGAAGUUUUGGAGUUUUCUUCUAUACAUACAUCCAUUUGGAUUACUGUCCCAUUGACCAUUGAUAGAUACAUAGCAGUGUGCCACCCUCUGAAAUAUCACACUGUAUCUUUCCCAGCUCGUACUCGGAAAGUCAUUGUUAGCGUAUAUAUCACUUGUUUUUUGACUAGUAUCCCAUAUUAUUGGUGGCCUAAUAUCUGGACGGAGGAUUACACAAGUACAUCUUUACAUCAUAUUCUCAUCUGGAUACAUUGUUUCACGGUUUAUCUGGUCCCUUGUUCUAUCUUCUUUAUUCUAAAUUCCAUUAUCGUCUACAAGCUCCAACGGAAAAGCAAUUUCCGACUUCGAGGAUACUCCACAGGGAAAACCACAGCCAUAUUGUUUACAAUAACAUCCAUCUUUGCCAUUCUAUGGGCACCAAGAAUAAUUAUGAUACUUUACCAUCUUUAUGUAUCUCCAAUAGAUAAUAGUUGGCUGGUGCAUAUAGUCACAGACAUUGCCAACAUGUUAGCCCUCCUAAAUACUGCAAUUAAUUUCUUCCUCUAUUGCUUUAUAAGUAAAAGGUUUCGCACAAUGGCAUCAGGAACGCUGAAGGCUUUUUUUAAGUGCCAGAAACAACCAGUUCAAUUUUAUACAAACUAUAACUUCUCAAUAACCAGUAGCCCUUGGAUUUCACCCGCCAAUUCUCACUGUAUUAAAAUGUUUGUUUACCAGUACGACAAGAAUGGUAAACCGCUAAAAAUCUCCCCAUGAUGCACAGGGGUGUAGCUUGUGGUUUAAGAAUACAGCUGAUUAAAAAAGCUUGUUAGAAUUAUUUUUUGCACUCAAGUGCACAGGCGCUUUCCAAAGGUCAUAUUAUUUAACGUCGCCGGUGUCGGAAAGCACAGGAGCAACGGUGGAAGUUAUCUAAAGACACAGGAUGAAGUUGACAGCGCUUUGCUGAAUGUUGCGAUGAAGCUUGAAAUUCUUCCAGCAUAACAUAUCUUGGGAGGUUACUGCGGAAUUACUUAUGCCAUUUAUAAGCAGUAGUGCAAUACAAGGUUCUUAAAACAUCUCAUAAAGACACUCAGUGGUGCUUAGGUUAACCAAUAGACAUGUAUAUAUUGCAGCUAUUGUAAUU